AUGGCAGGAACGCGGCUUAUCCUGCUUGUGAGCAUGCUCCUCCCGCUUCUCGUCGUGAUCGCGCCCAUCGCGUACCACUUGACGCGCGUCCCGCGUGCGGCGCUGCCGCUCGAGGCCAUCGCUGCGCUCGACGUCGCCUCGCUCGAAGCCGCGCUGCAGGCCAAGCUGCGCGACGCCGAACGCGUCACGCUCUGGACGAGCCGGGCGUUUGCUACAGUGCCCAACGCACAGCUGCGCGUCGAUGCACUGCCAGCAGUUGUUAGUGACGACCUGGAUCGCCAGCUCUUGUCCGCUGUGCAAGCCGCCAACCUUGGCGGCGAGAUUGUGGUCUUUGUCCUCUGUCGCGGCACCGACAGUAGCGCGCCGAUCACGAUGGGCAGCUAUCGCCACGGCUGGACCGACGCGUGCGAGCUUUCGCUGUCGGCCCAGAGCGAGCUCUUGCAUCGCGUGUUUCGAUCCUAUCGCGAGCCCUCGAUCCGCGUCGCGUUGAAGUACCGCUGGAGCUUCUCGCUCUUGAACGAAGUGCCUAGCUGGGAGAGCGCGUCGUGGGCCGCCCACGUAAGCGACGUUGCCAUGGCGUACGUUGAGCCACUCGUCGCGAAACUCUCGGCCCUCGCGUCGUUCACCCUCGAGUCCCAAGCGCUGCACUACGCCCGGCUGGCCCCGGACUAUGGUUAUGAUAAAGCGACGCAGACACAUUUCGUCACGGCGAGCGACCUCCAGCAAUUUAAGAGUGCCAACGACUUUGCAACGGUCUCGAUCCUCCACGACCGCGAGCAGCCGUUCCACUUUAUGGCGGCCUUGCCGUCGGCCGACCAUGCCUCGCUCGUGAUCCGCCCGACUGCCACGUCAUUGACUGCGAAACGGUCGUUUACGAUCCCAGGCUACGGCGGCGUCACGAUCCUCAACCCGGUCGCGGCGCCGGUCGACGAGGUGCACCGCAUGAUGCAAGUGGCUGUCGCACAGCUGCGCGCUGCGCUCGGCUUGCGUUCCGUCGGCGACGGCGGCAUGGGCUUGGCCAACUGGGAGCUCGACAUCCUCGUCCGCGUCUGGCUCGCAAAGCACUGGCACACGAGCUUGUCGGCGAUCACGUCGACGGCCAAGCUCGUCGACGCCAUGCCGCAAAUGACCGUGCUACCGCGCAUCCAGACCCAAGUCGAUACGACACUGCGUGCGAUCCACGCCACCGCCGCUGCCUUGCACAACCAAGACGGCGUCUGGAGCGCCGCCGACUGUGCGGCGCAGCUCUUGGCGCUGCGCGCGGCCGUCGAGGCCAUUGAAGGCACGUACUACGACUCGACCAUGGUCGCACAACUCUACUUUCCCGAAGAGCAUUUGUACGCCGUCUACCUGCCGCUGCUGCUGCCACUCGUCCUACCCUUUGGCUUUGGCCUUGUGCGCGAAAUCAAGCGCGUCCGUGUCAAGCGUGCGGCCAAGGUUGCAGAGUAGCCUGUUGCGAUCCAUUUGACACGACC